AUGAGCAUGUCUAUAACGCAACCUAUAAAAGACUUACUUUCAAGCCAAUUCCAAUCAUAUAACAUCAGUGAGCAAGUUAAGUUGUAUGAUAUAUUUCCAUUGUUAAAACCAUCAUGUAUUAAAGAAGCUAUCACAGACGUAGUUGAAGUUUGCACUGGUUAUGGUCCCGAAUCCCUCGAUCCCUCCAUAAGAGCAAAAGCUGCUGUAAAACUGUCCUUAUGUGAAUUUGAAGCUGUUGGACUUUCAAUAAUACCCCAGGGAUGCUAUUCCAACUCUAUUGAAGAAAUGAUGGACUGUAUGCUAGAAAUCGAACAUUCUAGUCAUUGGUGGACAACCUACAGCGGCAAUUAUCAACGACUAUCUGAUGUAUGCAGCACAUAUCGAGAAUACUAUCAAGAAAAAGCCAUCAUUGAAACCUUUUUGAACAUAACUGACUUUAUGGCUGAUUUCCAUAAUCAGUUCAAGAGUAGUGUUGUUUCAGAGACACAAGAAUUUCAGUCCAAUAUGAAAGACAAAUUUGCUGGUGUGUACAACCAAUUCACUCACUUCGAGUCCUUGCUAUCACAAAUGAUUCAGAAACAUUCUGGAAUAAUCAAUGACUCAAUUGUGGCCAUUAAAAACAAACUUUCCACCGAGUUUGUAGAUGAAUUGCAGAUGCUAAAAAAUGAUAGGUAUAUAUUGAUCAACCAGAUUCUUGAAUCAGACACGGAAAUUAAAAAAACCAUAGACAGUAUGCUUGUAGAACUUACAGAAGAUAUGAAGAAUCAAAUCUCUGCGAAGUCUGAAUUUCUAAUAAAUCACAUGAACAUAACUCGAUUAAAUGAGUCUACAGCACUUCAUGAUAUCAUAGAAGAAAACUUACAAGAGAGAUUCAAAGAUAUUGCCAUAUUUUUGGACAAAUUUAUGGUUGAAAUUCAAACAGAAACAAAUAAGGUGCUUUUAGAGGUAAAUGAAAAACUACCUACACUAGAGCAGCAGUACCUUGGAAAUUUCGCUCAAGCUCUUUCGAAUAUUGAUAAACAAGUACUGUCUGCCAGUUUGCAAUGGCAGUAUGAUUAUGAUGUCGUAUUUGCCAAUUUAUAUGCAGCUCUUGAUUUACUAAACAGUAACUUAAAUUCAUCAGUGAAAAAGAUAGAGCAAAUAGAACAUGUAAUUGAUACAAUUAUAGUGGAUACAUCUUUUCUUAAUGACCAACUAGCAAACUUAAUAUUAAUACCCUCAACAAUACUCCGAGCUUUUUCCUUUAUAGGUGUUAAAAGAGUUAUAAUCGCAAUUAUUGUGCUAUACUUUAAAUCAACACUAUUGUGUUUGGUUCACUAUGGUCAAUCAUUUCGUAUUGCAGCCUUGCUAAUGUCGGCAACAGCGGGCAUUUUCUGUAGUAAGUUAUUAAUGAGUUAUAUUUACAACUAA